GUCUGCAAGUCUAAAUCUCAUUAAAAAAAAAAGAAAGAUAUAUCAAGUUGGAGUAUGAUACGUUAAACAACAUAAUUUAGCAUACCAUGACUUCUCCACUUCCCAAAGUCUCAAAAUCUCAAUCUGCAACAAAAGAGCAUACCAAGUUUCAUUCUUCCUCUGCAAGUUCUGACAACCUCGAUGUCAAUCUACUCUUCCUUGUCAUCGUCUUAUUGGUGCAUGUUGGAGAGGGACAGAAUGCAGCAACAGAUGUUAAAGUGGGAAUCGUGAACGAUGUAGGAACGGCAUACUCCAACAUGACCUUGCUCUGUAUCAACAUGUCUCUUUCUGAAUUCUACUCUUCCCAUCCAGAAACACGGACAAGGCUUGUAACCACCCUUGUGGACUCCCAAAACGAUGUUGUUAUUGCAGCAGCAGCAGCUCUUGAUCUGAUAACAAACAAGGAAGUGAAAGCGAUUCUAGGGCCAUGGACUUCUAUGCAGGCGCAGUUCAUGAUUGAGAUAGGACAAAAAUCUCAGAUUCCGAUUGUUUCGUAUUCUGCAACAAGUCCCUAACUAGCUUCCAUCCGUAGUCAAUACUUCUUUCGAGCUACAUAUGAUGAUUCAUCUCAAGUGCACGCCGUUAAAGCCAUCAUCAAACUUUUUGGGUGGAGGGAGGUUGUACCUGUAUACGUUGACAACACCUUCGGAGAAGGUAUAAUGCCUCAUCUUACCGAUGCGUUACAAGAGAUUAACGUUCGUAUACCUUACAGAACCGUGAUCUCUCCCAAUGCCACUGAUGAUGAAAUCUCCGUGGAACUUCUCCGGAUGAUGACUCUACCCACUAGAGUAUUUGUUGUCCACAUUAUUGAAGUGCUUGCCUCAAGAUUUUUCGCCAAAGCUAAGGAAAUUGGUAUGAUGAAGCAAGGAUAUGUCUGGAUCCUCACCAACUCCAUUACCGAUGGUCUUAAUCUCAUGAACGAGACAGAGCUUGAUACAAUCCAAGGGGUCUUGGGUGUAAAGACUUAUGUACCAAGAUCUGAAGAGCUUGAAGCAUUUAAAUCUCGAUGGAAGAAUAGAUUCCCACUUUCUGACCUGAGCGUGUAUGGACUGUGGGCUUAUGAUGCUACCACUGCACUGGCAAUGGCCAUAGAAGAAGCUGGGACAUCAAAUUUGACUUUUGUCAAGACAGAUGCCAUGAGGAACAUGCCUGGAUUUCAAGGUCUAGGCGUAUCUCAAUAUGGUCCAAAACUUCUCCAGACACUCUCUGGAGUUCGGUUCAAAGGUCUUGCUGGUGAUUUCCGAUUUACCAACCGAGAGCUGCAGCCGUUAGUGUUUGAGAUUGUUAAUGUGAAUGGGCAUGGAGGAAGGACCAUAGGAUACUGGCAGAAAGAACAUGGUCUCUUGAAGAACUUAGACCAAAUAAAAGCUACCACAACCACUUUGUCUACUUGGAAAGAUCGACUUAGACCAAUCAUAUGGCCUGGAGACACCACCUUUGUACCGUCAGGAUGGGAGAUUCCGACAAAUGGGAAAAGACUGAAGAUUGGAGUCCGAACUGAUGACGAUUUCCCGCAGUUUGUGAAGGUUACAACAGAUCCUAUCACCAAUUCAACAAUAUUCAGUGGAUUCUGCAUCGACUACUUUGAGGCUGUUAUUCAAGCGAUGCCUUAUGAUGUUUCCUAUGACUUCUUUCCUGUAGAAGAUAUGGAUUAUGAGACAUUUGUCUACCAAGUGUACCUCGGGAAAUAUGAUGCUGUAGUCGCAGAUGCAACAAUAUCAGCAAACAGGUCAAAGUAUGUUGAGUUUUCAUUGCCGUACACACCGUCAGGCGUGGGUCUGGUCGUUCCUGUUAAAGACAAUGUCAAAAGAAGCAGUACCAUAUUUUUGAUGCCUUUGACAUGGGGACUAUGCCUACUCAGUCUUUUGUCCUUUUUCAUAAUUGCCAUUGUCGUAUGGGUUCUUGAACACAGGGUAAAUCCAGACUUUGAUGGGCCUGGAAAAUAUCAAAUCAGCACUAUCCUCUGGUUCUCUUUCUCCAUUAUGGUCUUUGCACCGAGAGAAAGAGUGCUUAGCUUCUGGGCAAGGCUCGUGGUCAUAGUUUGGUACUUCUUAGUACUUGUGUUGACUCAGAGUUACACUGCUAGUUUGGCAUCGCUUCUUACAUCACAGCAGCUUCAUCCAACUGUAACCAACAUAAAUACCUUGCUGGAAAAGGGACAACGUGUGGGACAUCAAAGCAGUUCCUUCAUUUUGAAAAGACUCAGAGAAUCAGGUUUCUCAGAUGCUAAUCUCGUAACCUAUGGGUCUUUAGAACACUGUGACGAGUUACUGAGCAAAGAACCAGCAAGGGGAGGUAUUUCUGCAGUUUUCAUGGAAGUGCCAUAUGUGAGAGUCUUUCUCGGACAGUACUGUAACAAGUAUAAAAUGGUUCAAACACCAUUCAAGGUCGAUGGAUUAGGAUUCGUCUUUCCCAUUGGAUCGCCUCUAGUGGCUGAUGUUUCAAGGGCCAUUCUAAAAGUGGAAGAGUCGAACAAGGCAAACCAACUGGAGAGCGCAUGGUUCAAGAAAAUAGAUGAAAGUUGCCCAGACCCACUCACCAGCCCCGACCCAAAUCCUUCUGAAUCCUUCCGGAAACUUGGCAUCGAUAGUUUUUGGGUUUUGUUUGUCACUGCAGCCAUAGUCUGUGUUACUGCAUUGGGGAAAUGCAUGUUUCAUUUCCUGAAGGAGAACCCAGAUGAAAGAAACCUGCAAGGAUUGUGGGGAAGGUUCCUUCAGCCAGAUAGAAACUCAUACAUAAACCAAGUAAAGACAUGUCAAUGCUCCAUGAAGAAGCAAACAAUGGCAUUCAAAAUUCAUUACAUGUUUUAA